AUGACCGAGUGUUUGAAAAGGUCGUCCGCCAACGCGAACGCCGCGCCGCCGUGGCUCGAGGAGCACUUCCCCACCGACUCGACCGACGUGCUGCUGGGUUCCUUCGUCGGCUCGUACCGUGCCUCUCGUCUGCUUGUGUCGGGGCGAGUCUACGUCGUUUCCGGCCAACGGGGCGCGCGCGUGUGGUUUCAUUCGGAUAUCUUCGGUAUCGUCACCACUCGGCUCAUCCACCUCGCGGACGUAUCCGUGGUGCGCAAGGUGAAUAAGGUUGGCGUCGUGUCUGCCAUCGAGCUCCUUCGCGCCUCAGACGGCAAGAGCUAUGUGUUGUGCAGCUUUUUAUACAGGGACAACGCCUUCAAGUGCAUUCACGACGCGUGGAGGCUGGAGCACAGCGCGAACGCGACCGCGACGACACACGACGGCAGCGUCGCGCACACCGCGAGCGGCGACGAGAACGACGACGACGACGCGACGGGAAUCCCGGGCAUCACCGGCUCCUCAGAACGAACCUACUCGGUGGCGUCCUCUCAGGCCACCGAGAAGGUUUACGGCUCCCAAGACACCUUCUCCUAUGCGAGCCGCAGGCCCCCUCCCGACGCGAGGGAAAUCGUGCUCACCAGGCGCUUCCCCGACUGUAAGGAUCAAUGCGAGCUCUACGAUCGCAUGUUCGACUCGGAGCUGACCCUUUUGACGAAUCAUCUCACGCGCAACUGUAAGGCUAAGAACGUCGUGAGGAGCCCGAUGAGGGACGGCAAGUGUUACCUCUCUUACGACACGCCCACGGGUGUUCACCUCCCGUCCGUGCCCAAGGUGUGCCACAUGAAGGACGCCCAGAUGUACGACCGAGGCGCAUGGAUGUCGUCGCGCGCUCAUAGUCAGGGAACACCCUACGCGGACUGCUACAAAGUGGAGACACUCGUGCUGUUCGACGUGUCCUUCAGCCUCACUUCCGAGGUCCAGGUGUCGUGCCACGUGGAAUGGCUCAAGCCGGUCUCCAGCAUCGUCAAGAGCCUCAUCGAGCGCGGAACGAGGGACAAGGUUCGAAAGAGUUACGGCAGGUUCUUCGACCUGGUGGAGGAGGAUCUUCGGGCAAACGAAGGAGCGAGCGCGCCGCCGAUGCAAGACGCCGGCCUCAUCCGCUCAAACUCAACGAUGAGCGUCAGCUCCGUCGAGGUGCCGGUGCCCGAGACGAACAGCACCGCAGACAGAGUCGCCCGCACUUCGUACUGGUGGGGACAUGCCCAACGACGGAACCGACGUUUCGGUGGUUCCCGGGUCGUUGCAGUUCGUGGUCGGAGGUGUGGAGCCCGUGACGAAAAGCGCGAUCCGUUCGGCCAUCAGGCGCCUGGCCAGUGA